UGGCUGGCCCUUCAUCGGCUGCUCCUUGGCAUGGCUCACAGAUUGAAAGAAAUUAUGGUAAAUACCCUGCAAUUCAUACCUUACAUGUAAAUGUAACAAAUACUGACCACUUAUUAAUUUCACCUCUGAAUGGCUUACUGUAUUCUGUGUGUAUCUGAGUGCUUUUAACCAUCCUACCUUUGACUGGCGAUGAGCGAGACCCUUGUUUGCCUCUUGUUUACUUGUGUUGGUAAAGUGUAAAGGGGACAGCAGCAGACCUCCUUCUGACCCUUCCCUCCAUACAAGGCCAAACCAUGAGCCGUGCGAAGGUUGAGGACCUGGCGAGAGAGAGGGAGAGGGAGAGAGAGUGCCGAGAAGUGUUUUAUGCUACACACUAAAGACAAGGGCAAGGGUGUCGUAGACAGGGGUCUAUUUUAGUGAGCCAUUCAGAUGCAGGAGAGGAACCAUAAAAUAUGAAGCAGUUCCCCGGUCUGCUCUCAGUCCCCCUCACUGCUCACCCUUACAGGUAUUCCUCAUCAGAAAAGGAAAGAUAAACCAGCACUACCAUGUCUGAAGCGUAAGUUGGCUACAUCUGUCAUCAUGUAUGCUUUAUAUGCAAUUUUUAAUGUUUUAUUUGUCGAAAUGUAAUGGCUCAUGCUUGUUUUUCUCCCCCAUUUCAUCCAAUGCCAAACAGCCCGAGAAAGUCAAAGAUCACUGCAUCUCGCAGGCUCUUUUUAAAGACCAAACUGCUGAAGAAAGCAGGAGCCAUGCUGCUGGCUGAGAAGGAGGAGAAGAGGGUGGAGAGGGAGAACACCCUGAACGAGCGCGUUCCCCCUCUCAGCCUGUCGGGAUUAUCCGUACAGGAGCUGCAGGCUCUCUGUAGAGAACUGCACCACAAAAUUGAUGUUGUAGAUGAAGAACGGUAUGAUAUUGCUGCCAAAGUGGCCAAAAAUGACCAGGAGAUAGAAAAUCUGACUAUGAAGAUCACUGAACUGAAAGGCAAAAUGAAGAGACCCAACCUGAGGAGGGUGAAGAUCUCUGCAGACGCCAUGCUGGGGGCUCUGCUCGGCUCCAAACACAAGGAGUCCAUCGACUUCAAGGCCAACCUCAAGACUGUCAAGAAGGAGGAGGAGAAGAAGGAAGAGGUGACUGACUGGCGUAAGAAUGUGGAGGCCAUGUCUGGCAUGGAGGGCAGGAAGAAGCUGUUUGAUGCUGCCCAGUAGAAGACUUAAGAUGAGUAUCAGAGUGUUCAAAGAUUAAAAUGGAAGCCACAGCAAAGAAGAAGGUGCUGCUCUGCUUUGGAGAGGGACACAAAGGGCUCUUAAAUCUCUCUGUGAUAUUUACUACAUGUGAGGCACUGAAUAGUUACAUCCUAUGCCAUCCAAAAGGGAAUUUUUAGAUGACCUUAACAAGUGAUGUGUAAAAGUCUUAGCACUGCAUUUCAGCUGUUACCACAUAUAUGUUAAAGCCUUUUGGUCUCUGCUUUUAUUUACUUGCUUUGUCAGUAUUUUACGUAAUGACAAGACUAUACAGUACAGUCUUUGCAUUACAUUACAGUCUCUACAUUAAGCUUAAUUAAGCAAAUAUGCAAAAGAACAUGGGCAGUUGUUUACUGUACUUGAAAGAUUCUUGAUACCGCUGCCGGUGUAGUUUAAUAUGGUACUCCCUGUGUAACUGUGUAACAUUAAGU